AUGCUGGAGAAUGCACUUGAAAAGUUAUUCCCCAGUGGUGAACUAGACGACAUUACCCGCUCUUUGCUUGCCGAUGAUUCACCCACAGGCCAGAACUCUUUGAUUCAAUCAUUCAUCGACACUAAUGAAGCCUCACUGGAUGACUCGCUGGAGCCAGACGCUAGGACACUGGACAAUACGUUCGUCGACUCCCAGUCAUUGUCUGUGGUCAACACGGAUUACGAUUUGCUCGGAUUGGGAUCUGAGGGGCAAACCAUAUCCCUUGAAUAUUUCCCAGACAAAGAUGAGCUGUUUAAUCAUGGCGUGGAGCCACUUUUACUGCGAUGGGUGCAGCAAACGCACAUCUACAAGGACAGUGCACUUCCAACAGAAGAACACACCGCCGAGGCACAAUGCAAUGCAGCGGGCCUCGCUAUCGCGCGCGACACAAUUGAUUACAUUGCAGAAUCUAUCGUGGAGGGGUCCUAUGACAAGAUGACUCUUGCUUUUACCUUGUACGUUGUGUUCUGCUCUCCGUUGCUCACCCCUGUCAAUAUAGAUGGCUCUCCAUAA